GUGGAAAGAUUUUUUUAUAGAUGGUUGUUUGAAUCUAACGCCAGUAAGUGAUUAUCUAGUUGUAGCAAGAAGCCAUCUUGACACUUGAAAAAAAUCAAAGUUUAUGUAAACUGUUUGACCAAGCUGCUGCACGUCGUGGAAGAUGGCUUGGAAUGGGUCCUUAAAAACCGCUGAACUUAAGAAAGUAGCAUUUUGGCGCCAAAUGGGUCAUCGCGUCGCCGACCUGCAGCUUUGAUUUAGCGGGAAAAUGUGAGGCGAUGAAUGAAGUGGUAAACUGCGCGGCAGCUCGAACGCACAAUGUCUUCCAGUUCGAGGUUCUUCGUUUUAGCCCUUCAUUUUGUGAUAAUAUUGCUCCAGAAACAACACAGCAAUGCGUUUAUCGACUUUGGUGACAGGGGAAGUGUGGAAGCCGUCGUAUUUGAAGAAUUUUCAUCUCAAUUUAGAGAGCCUUAUAACCUGCUCUAUUUCAAGUCUGCAUCUCUUGUUGUUUACUGUCAGUUGAGAAAUCGUAGCAGCGAUACUCAAAACUCGCGUAAUGUGUUAGUAAAUGAGUAUUCCUCGCAAGGCAUGGCUCCAACUAUCACUAUCGUCACUUUGGGCUGGUCGAAAUCCUACUUUUUCAACGAGCUCAUUCAAGACGAAGACUCUUACUGGAAGAUGAAUAUUUCAAAGGAAGAACUAUCGGAGCAUUUCCACGAAGAAAGCAAAGGGAGAAUUCCGUGGCAGUUCAGAGUAGAACUUGGGCAAGGCCUCAAUUUGUUUGAAUCAUGGGGAAAUCUUAUAAUACCAGACUUCGACCCAUUAUUUUCCGUUGAAUUCGGAGAUAGUCUAUCAGACCAGAACGCAAUUCCAGUUGUGGAAGAUGUCAUUGUAUGGCAGCAUCCAUGUACUCCAGGAUUCGCAGUUUUGGUUCCUGUGUUUGAGGUGAAAGAGUCCUUUACAGGGUGCUACAUGGCUGUAACUCAUGGAAGUUUCACAUCAAACACAACACUUUGGUAUGAUCUCCUUCACCGUUCAUCUGGAAAGCCAGACAACUACUCUAUCUGCAAAGAAAGCUCAUUUGCCAGUUGUGAACGACUGUUAAUUUUGGACUUGGCUUUGUUUAGCAACCGCAUUUUGCUAGUAACCUCAAAGGGUGUUCUAAGGUCGGAAUCAAUCAAUGAGGCUUCGGGAUUUAACAAAACAAAGCUCCAGUUUCAUAGAGUGUCUAAUAUACAUCCGAUAAUCGAGCAAGCAUUCAAAGAUGGGACAGUGGAACGUGAUAGAAUCAAGUUGCAUCACACAGCUCACUGUGAUGGACAAGAGAUAUUGAUCACAGAGCAUGCAGCACAUUUGGUUUAUACGCCGGCUGGCAGAGAGCAUUCUAUUCUUCUAUUAAGUGAGCCUCCCUUUGAUAAAUGGUCCUCUAUUGAGCUUCCCGAUCAAAUCAAGUCUUUCGCAGUUCUUGGUGUCACGUGGGACAUUCAAAGAGCUACAGUGGUUUUGCUCAUGAAGGACCCUUUUAAGGUACAGUGUUUGGUCGCGGUACUUCAUCCACAGACAUUCCAACCUAUUCAGGCCAUUUUUCGAUUCCCAAAUCAUGUCAAUUUUAAAAGGAUUAAUUUACAUGUUCACACUCAUGUUAUCUUCGUCUAUGGAUCCCAGGUGUGGUUAUCUCUGGACGGAGGAAACUCGUUUAAGAAGAUACUGGAUACACAGCUCCGCGGUGAUUUUGUAUCGGCACUUUUUACCAAUCCCCUAGGAGACGCAUUUGCGUUGGUUACAAGUCUUGGCGCUGUGUACAGUGGCUGGUCAGGCAUUCCGCGAGUAAGUCGCAUUGAGCCACCUGGUUCCUUUUCCAAGUGCUCCAUCAAGCUGCCUUAUUUCCAGCAUCAUAAGUCGGUCAACAUAAUUUGCGUGCAGAACGUAUCAAGUGCACUGAAAUUCAACACUUACAGUAUCGAUCUAGCCUCACAGAUCAAAGCAGACAGGAUUGUCCAUCACAGGCCUCUUCUUGUUCAUUUUGUAUCUGAAAGAAAAGUAGAAUUUUUUGCCUUUUGCGGAGAUGCCUUUUUCUCAGAUCAGAUUGGCUGUUCUGACUCGUUUCAGCAAUCUGAUGUUGGACGCGUGGUGCGAACAAAAAGUGGGGGCUCAGCUUUGAUAACUGAGGUGCACGACAGCAAACCCUCGAGUGAUUUUAGUGCGCCUGUCACUGCUCUUGUCAUUAAACCAUUUGGUCUUGUAGACAGAUCAGACUCUCCAGCACUCCAUUACACCCUUCAAGUAAAUAUUACGGGUUCACAUGCUGAAUUGCACCUGCAGAACUCAGGAAACGAUUCGGGCUGGCGAGGUGCAGACAUCGGUAAGACAGUUCUUCUGUUCAAUGGGGUAAGUCUGAUUCUUACGACGUGCAUAAGUCUUUCAUCUGCCACUGGAAGGCUACCAACGUCAUGGGAUAGUUCUGAAAUGUACACUGAAUGUUUUGAAGAAGGAAUGUGGUACCUCAUGGAUUUUCGUCCUUUUCGUGGCUUUCGUCCGCUAAGCUAUCUAGUUCUUCAAGUGCGCCUAAUGGAUGUUAAUCAUGCUAUAGCAGAGAAGGUAAAUGAUCAGUUCUCAUUUUCAAGAGAUUUUAUUGGGCAUAUAUUAAAAUUUGACCACGAGUGGGGCUUGAUUACCUCAGUCAACGAUACCUCAGUCGAAAUCAUGAACCCUGGUAACUUGAAGCCCGGUAACUAUACCAACAACUGGGGUUUUUACCAAGCACAAGUUAGUAAUGAUUCCUACACACCUUAUAUUCCGAAGCCUCAAUUUCAUGAUUGGUGGUUGGCAGAAGACGACUGUCGGCAUUUCCUUGUCGAAGACCCACCCAGUAAGCUAGAACUCUACCAUCUGGACUCUGGGCAAAGUCUUAACUUUACCCUCCGCAUUAUAUUUAAAGGAGUAGCAGAUAACAAUCCCGAAAAACCUUUAGUGAGGUUGUUUAUUGGGAAACCUUCCUUGUUUUAUGUGAAGUCAUCUUACCGAUACCAAAACAUGAAUCACACUCUCCGAGUUACUUUAACAAAAAGACCUUUUGUCGUUGGAAUAUCAUCAGUUUCUGUGAGAUUAGAACAAACUGCUUCUCUGUUAUGCAAGGAGGCAUCUUACACUGUGCACGGGGGUUGUCCACCGGAUAAAAAGCUACGUUUCUUGUAUCCUACAUCAUUUUCUCUUGAUGCCUUUUUAGAUUCGGAAAUAACGGAUUCUAAAGGCAUAGUGAGGAACAUGAAAGUACCUUCCAACUACAGAACUCCUUCUUCACGAGGCAAAGCAAUACCAAUGUCGGAAAAUGCUUACAACGUCGACCCACAGAAACCACUUUACAAAACCACAUACACCAUCACCAGAAUGACACUUCGAUAUAAACAAUGCAAAGGGAAAAAAUUUCGCUCUGAUUGUGGAUGUACGAGGCAAAUGAGAGGGUCUUCUCUUGUUGAGCAUUCAGACUGCAUCGAUACUGUUUACCGCGUUAUGUUCAGUGAAAAAAUUACUCCACGCUUUGUAGUCUCACAAGAACAUAAAGAAGACGAACCGCUACGUUUCCCAUUUUAUCUCGAAGAACUGAAUCAAAGGAAAGAUUUCAUAGUACUCUCCCCGAGUGAUCUUACGUUUGUCGGAAUAUCGUCACCAGUGCUUGAACAGAGUCUUAACAGUUCUAUACAGUUUGAAGGCUCAGGCUUGUAUCAUUUUCGUGCUCAAAUUGUGCAAGAGAAUUACACAUUCGGCAUCUUGACAGACGAAUUUGUGGUUUUUGUCGUCGACGCUCCUUUGCCUUUUCCUGUGAAGGACGUUGUAAGAGCCUGCACAGGAAUGGGAUUCGCAAGUUUGUUAUUUAUUGUUUACAUUAAACACUUUCAUAGGAAGAAGAAGAUGAAGAAUGAUUAGGAUCAGAGUUCCCCUGAAUUGAGGGUUCAGUUUUAAUGACUGAUAUAUGCCUUUUGUUUAUUGGGAGACUUGUUAUUCAUUUGUGCGUCUGAUCUCGAGAUUCUACAGUGCAAACUUUUGUAGAGGCCUAAUAACAGAUGGACGCAAUUUUUAAUACAGUUGCUGUGAAGGAAACUUUACAAAAAUAACAGGGUGUCACAAUAACUUUCCCUUCGUCGCACCACUAGUCGAGGUCAAUAAAACAAAGAUGGUGGUUCCGCUGUAAUGACUUACUCUCAAUGCUGAAAAGGUUCCCAACAAAACUGUGACAUACAUUAUUACGUGCCGAUAUUUCCACGCUUUCCACUAUUUUUCCGCUUUGGAAAGGUCUCAAACUUAAGUCAAAUGAAAGUAACUAAACAUUUCUAAAAGAUCUGUCUUUUUAUUUGCAGAUCAAAUAUUCAGUGCUUUCAGACUUCUUAGGUUCCAUCUGAAGCACUGAUUCUAAGGCCCCGUCCACACGUAUCCGGAUAUUUUUUAAUCCGCAACUUUUUCGUUCCGGGUACGGCUAUCGUCCACACGUAUCCGGCGAAUUCGCAAGCAAAUCCGAAUAUUUUUUUAAUCCGCUCUCCAGAGUGGAAAUUUUUUAAUCCGAUAAC